GAAAAGAUUACCCGUCCGUCGUUACUUGCUUGUGCGUGCCCGCGCAUGCAAAACACCACGCGUUCUAUCCAAUCUACUAUUCUAGAAAAUCGUGGCUAGAUCUCAAUCAACAUUUUCAGUUAAGUGAUAGAACAUAUAAUAUAAAAAAAUAUUUUUAAAAAAUAGUACAUGAUUCUUCAAGCAAGAUCUCAUGAAUAUUGCAUAGACUGAGACUUAAUUAAAUCUUAGUCUACCAAGAUUUGCAAUCCUGAAAUGCUUAACGAUCAGCUGCACUCUCUUCUACUUCUCCGCAAAAAAGAAGAAAAAAAGCUGCACUCUUCUGCUCUUUUGCAGCUUCUGGGCUCCUACGUGGAGCCGAGUCGAUUUCCAUAUUGCAAUAUCAGUUUGUCUAAUUUACAUCUAGAUGUUUUUUAAAAAGUCACAUCUAAGCUCCCACAAAUAUAUAAUGCAGCAACAAAAACAAAAAAACUAGGAAAAAAAUAGACCAUAAACAGAGUUGACAUCAAUUUAGAUGUGACAUAACUAUCUCAUAUCUAUGUCACAUCUAGAUGUGUGCUAGACAAACCCUUGCAAGCGAUAUCUUCUGCCCCCCACCCCCUUAACAAAAUAACAAUUUUGUAUCUGCUCGAUUCCCAGCUAAUCGAGAGUCGAGACAGCAAAUCUUGUUAUCUGAAGCACAUAAACCAACCCCAUGAUUUAAAAAAGCUGCCGCCCGCCCGCACAGUGCAGCACUAUGCAAUCAUGGUAUUGGCGCGUUGCCUUGCCGCCGUCCGUCCGGAAGCUGCCGCCCACCGUAACCAGAUUCCUACGCGCCACCAUCGGCGAACCGCCGCGCGCCACCAGCCCGAGCCCUAUCUAUGGCCGUCCACGCUUGCUUGAACUAGCACGUGUACCGUCGUCCCUAUAAAUAGUUCUUCCUCCGAUUCUUGGCCGCCGCGAGAAGAGAAGAGAGCGACCCCGCUUCUCAAUCCUCACAGAUUUUGUGUCUGGUGCGUCGCGUUCCCUCCAAAUCCAAUUGCCAUCCGCGACAUGCCGCCGCACGACCGCAAGGUGGCGCCGGGCCGCCGGAUGCUGGCGCUGCCGACGGUGUGCCCGUGCGAGGCCAUCGCCCCCGGGACGCUGCUGGCGUCGCUCGUCGCCCUCGUGGCCGGGGUCGCCCGCCACGACGCCGCCGCGCUCCCCGCGCUCCGCCGAGGGGCCGGCGAGGCCCUGCGCGUCACCCGCGUCCUCCUCGCGUUCCUUGAGGAGGUCCGCGAGGCGGCGGCGCCCCUGCCGGACGCGUCGGUCCUCGGCCUGUCCGAGCUCCACGUGGCGAUUCAGAAGCUCCGGUUCCUGCUCGCGGACUGCUCCAGGAGAGGGGCGAGGCUGUGGGUGCUGAUGAACGCCGACCUCGUCGCCUCCGAGCUCCGGUUCGUCCUCGGCUCGGUCGCCACGGCCAUGGACGUGCUGCCGGCGGACGUGGUCGGGGCGUCCGUCGAGGCCGGAGAGCUCGCGAGGCUUCUGUCCCAGCAGGCGUGGCGCGCGCCGGUGUGGCCGGACGAGGACGACGGGCGCGCGACCCGGAGCGUGCGCUCCAUGCUCGCGCUGUUCAGGGGCAGCGCCACGCCGCACGCGGAGGACGCGAUGAUGGUGCUCGGCCGCGUCGGCAUCACCAGCUGGUGCGACUGCGCCGAGGAGGCCGCUUUCCUCGAGGCCGAGCUGUUGGACCGCCUGGAGGACGGCCGCGAGAACGACAACGACCUCGUGCUCAUCAGCGGCCUCAUGGCGUUCCUCGUCUACUGUCGGGUCGUCUUGUUUGACAGCGUUGAUACCAAGAAAGCUGACGCGGCAGCGCCCGGGUCGAGGCCGGCAGCGAGCUGCGCGGCGUGGACCAGCCAGGAGGCGCUGCAAUGCCCGAUCAGUCUGGAGCUGAUGAUUGACCCGGUGACCGUCACCACCGGCCAAACUUACGACCGGACGUCCAUCAAACGGUGGAUCAAGAGCGGCUGCCGGACGUGCCCUGUCACCGGCGAGAAGCUCCGCAGCGCCCAGUUCGUGCCGAACGUGGCCGUGCGCGGCAUUGUCGAGCAGCUGCUCCUCGCCAACGGGACACCGCUCCACGAGCAGCAGAGCAGCAAGCACCGGUGCGCGGUCGAUAAGACCGCCUCGGCGUUCGGCCCGGCCGCGGCCGGCGGCGUGCGCCUCGCCGUGGCCUUCCUUAUCGCCAGGCUCUCCAGGGGCACGCCCGAGGAGCAGAAGAAGGCGGCCUUCGAGGUGCGGAAGCUGGCGAAGCGCAACGUGUACCACCGCGCGUGCCUCGUGGAGGCCGACGCCGUGCCGUGGCUCCUCCACCUCGUCUCCUCGGCGGACGCGUCCGUCCAGGACAACGCCAUCGCCAGCCUGCUCAACCUCUCGAAGCACGCGGCCGGGCGGAGCGCGCUCGUGGAGGCGGGCGGGCUCGGGCUCGUCGUCGACGCCGUCAACGUCGCGGCCAAGGUGGAGGCGCGGCAGAACGCGGCGGCCAUCCUGUUCUACCUCUCGCCGAACAGCGAGUACUGCCAGGAGAUCGGCCGCAUCCCGGAGGCCAUCCCGACGCUGGUGCGCCUCAUGAGGGACGGCACCUACCGCGGCCGCAAGAACGCGCUGGUGAGCCUCCACGGGGUGCUCCACGGCGCGAGCAGCAUCGGGAAGUCGGUGACCGCCGGCGCCGUGGGCGUGCUCGCCAGCCUCCUGCCCGGCGACCGCGAGGACCUGGCGAACGACUCCGUCGCCCUGCUCGCGAGGAUCGGCGAGCAGCCGGCCGGCGCGACGGCCAUCCUGGCCAGCUCGGAGCUCGUCACGGGCCUCGUCGACUUCCUCGGCGCGUCGGCGUCUCGGUCGGGGAAGGACCACUGCGUGGCGCUGCUGGCCUCGCUGUGCCUGCACGGAGGGGACAAGGUGGUCGCCCUGAUGGGCAAGAUGACUGCGCUGAUGCCCGCGCUGUACGCGCUCAUCGCCGACGGCAGCCCUCUGGCGAACAAGAAGGCGAGGUGGCUCAUUAACGAGAUCCACCGGGUCUACGAGCAGCGCCAGCCGCUGCCGGUCGCGCCGCCGGCCGGUGACCGUGUCAUUCGAGUAUAGCUAUAUAGCACACGAGCUUGGGUGUGACGACUGAUGAGGUGUACAGAUGAUUCCUGUAAUUUGUUUUCUUUUCGGCGGCGAGUUUUCUUUCCUCUGCCCCUGCUCGCGUUUUUUAAGAGCAGGGAUGGGCAUCGCACAAUGUAAAAUUGUACAUAAGAGAGUGUAUGUAAAAAGAGAUUGCCAAACUUUCGCCCCACUUUAUAAAUA